AUGGAUACCAUGAGUGAAACUUACACAGACAAAGGAAGUAUCAUCAAUCGAGCGGGUAAACAAAAGCUAAGUAAGAGAGAAAAAAUUAAAACUUUAAUGGCUCUUAAUUCACAUCGAAUUUUAACACAGUUUAUUGUCGGAAAUCGUGAAAGCAAAAGUAGAAAAAGAAACAAAAAUUCUUGUAAAGCUGAAAAACCAACAAGAAAUCUCACUAAGGGCCUCAUUUAA